CAUUGCUGAACUUGUGGUCUCGAUGUGGAGGAAUUUGGCAGCCAUUGGGUGCAGGGGAGCUGUGGUUUCGUGUUCUAAUCCAAGGGGGGAGUGUACAUGUCUUUCGGAAAUUGUUCGGAGAUGAAUAUGUUGUGGUUGGGAACUCGGAAUGAUGAUUUAGGGUGCAUGAAGGCAUGUUUUGUGUGGCCUUGUUCGGUCUUCUCUUGUUUGUUCACAGAUCAAAUUAUUAGUCCGCAAGGAUGAAUCUAUCACCGACAAUCACGGUUGUGGUUGCAUGGUUGGUGAUCACCAUCGCCAAGACCCAAGCACAAACAAGCGAUGUGUGCCUGGGGAUCGACUGCCAGCAGGGGACAUGCGUUCCGCUCGGCAAUACCUCGUACCCCUCCAACAUCUUGUCUCCAUACCAAUGCUUGUGUAAACCAGGGUGGCAAACUGUGGAAGGACUUCUGAAAAAUUUGCCCAAUGUGCUGACUUUGCCUUGCACGAUUCCCAACUGUACUCUGAAUCUUGGAUGCAACGGCUCGUCUGCUCCAACCGUCCAGGCUUCCCCUACAAUGCAAAAUGUUUCUAGCCCAUGCUCCUUGCCUGGAAUUUGUGGAAAUGGGGGAUGUGAAGUCACGGAUAUGAAUAAGUAUCCCCCCACGUACAAGUGCACCUGUGCAGCUGGAUAUGCUAAUGUCGGCAACCUUGCAGCUGGCUAUUGUCUUAAGGACUGUGAAAUUGGAUCCAAUUGCCGAGCAAUAGGCGUAAGCCUACCUCCCACAAAUGCAGGAUCAAGGCAGGCUAUAGAUGUGAGCGGCAUCUGGGUAACUUUAUACGUCCUAGCUGGCUCAUGUCCAGCCCUGUUCCUGUGACAUAAACACACAUCAUGGUCGAGCUCUUCAAAAAACAUGUGGUCCGAUCGGCCAUGUGGUAGUUUUCAUCAAAGAUAGUGCUGAGCAGUCUAGAUAGGGGCGUGAUCGGUGUACAUGGGCUACAGAAACCCUCACGGUUGCAGCUCCGUCUUUUAGUGUCUAGGGCACCCAGAAGUGAAUUCUGUGAAAGAAUUACUAUCAUGCCAGUUGAAGUAAAGUAUUUGCGUCUUUGCUAAAGGAGAAACACA